GGGGACACGCAAAAUUUUGAGUGCAAAGUGAUUGGAUAUCCUAUUCCAACUAUCAAAUGGUACAAAGAUGACAUGGAGAUUGCAAAUGAUUCAAGAUACGAAGUUGACUUUGAUGUUAACAGAGGUGUGGUGACAUUAUCAAUAAAAAAUUUAACACUAGCCGACGAAGGGUUGUAUCAAUGCAGAGCUGAAAAUAGUGAAGGCCUUGCCUCUACGAUGACAUAUUUGGCAGUCAAAACUCCAAGAAUAACAUAUGAAAACUCAUUCAACAAAGUGCAAUCUGUCCGAAUAGGGGGAACCUUAUCUCUCGAAGUCAAUAUCAGUGGUUGUCCAAAAUCAACAGUAUCUUGGUUUUGCGGCGUAAAAAAAUUAUUAACAAAUUCAAGAAUAGCAAUGGAGAAUGCUGGGAAUUGGAAUUAUUUAAAAGUAAGAUGUCUACAAGAAGAAGAUGCUGGUCUUUAUAAGGUCCACGCAGAAAAUAUUGCGGGGCAAGAUACAGCG